ACAUGGUUAUCUGAGUUACUGUCACCUUUCUGUCAGCUUGAACCAGUCUGGCCAUUCUCCUCUGACUUCUCUCAUUAACAAGGCAUUUUUGCCCACUGAACAGCAGGUCACUGGAUUUCUUUCGCACCAUUCUCUGUAAACUCUAGAGACUGUUGUGCAUGAAAAUCCCAGGAGAGCAGCAGUUUCUGAGAUACUCAAACCACCCUGUCCAGCACCAACAAUCAUUCCACGGUCAGUCACUUGGAUCACAUUUCUUCCCCAUUCUGAUGUUUAACCUGAACAACAACUGAACCUCUUGACCAUGUCUGCAUGCUUUAAUGCAUUGAGUUGCUGCCACCUGACUGGCUGAUUAGAUAUUUGCAGAUAUACAGGUGUACAUAAUAAAGUAGUCACUGAGUGUAGACGGAGACGAAAAAGAGCUACAGGGGUCAGGGGGUAUGGAGGGAAGGCUGGGUUCUGAGUUGGAUGAUCAGCCAUGAUCAUAAUAAAUGGCGGUGCAGGCUCGAAGGGCCGAAUGGCCUACUCCUGCACCUAUUUUCUAUGUUUCUAUGUUUCUAUGUUCAAAAUCACACGGUAGGAGCUGAUUUCUUCGGAAUAAGCAGCUGCUCCUGAAGUCAUACUGACGAGUGUCCUUAAUCCCGCUCACCUCUUCUCGCCCAAUAUUUGUGUAUCACUUGAGAUCCGUGUGAGACCUCGCAGAGCUCGUGUGCGGAGUGUCAAUUACAAGUUCCUAAGAGGAGGGCAUAAAAAUAGAGCAAUGCCCUUCAGAACAUCGUAUAUGAUUAAGUAUGAUCAGUAAUCUUAUUUUUCAUCGCUUGGAGAGUACAAAACGGAGUGAGUUUGGAGGUACUGUGCAGAACUGGCCCUUCUGGCUCAACAAGCUGCUCCACCUAUCAACUGAGUUAUUUAACCCUAGCCUGAUCACAGGACAAUUUACAAUGACCAAUCAACCUACUAACUGGUACUUGUUUGGACUGUGGGUGGAAACCAGAGCACCUGGUGGAAAUGCACGCACUUCAGGGGAGAAGGUACAAACUCCUUAAAGACUGCACUGCAAUUGAACUCCAAACUCUGGAAUGUCCCCAAGCUGUAAUAGUGGACGUUGAACAAUAAUACUUUCCACUGGAGGAUACAUGGCUGGUCAGGUACGUCUCAUGCAAUGUCUGCACAGGCUGUUCACAAAUCAUCUUCUCACUUUCUCGCUACCUUGAAGCCACAGAGAGUAGCCAAGAAUGCUGACGUCCACCUUUCCUGCUCAGUGUCUGCUAAAUACCAAAUUGUAACCCAGAAACAGAAGUCACCUGGUACAAAGGAGACAAGCAACUUCCCAAUGUCCUUGAACCGACUAAGUAUGAAAUGUUAAAAGACGGCAAAGUUCACACCCUCAAACUCCAGAGAUGUAUGGAAAGCGAUGCCUCGGUCUACCAGGUAUCUGCUAGAAACUCCAAGGGCUUCGCUAUCUGCUCCUCCGUUUUGCAAGUUGGGUUCAGCACGGAAGCUCAGGUGAAGCGGCAAAUGAUGCAGAAGCUGGAAGACAGACAUCGCGCCGGGAAGGCGCACAAUUCUCCCGAAGCGAACAGCCCGCGAGGUCACAGCGAAACCCACAAGGACGACGGUCCGACUGCAAUUCGCUCGGAGCACGCUGAAAACGGAGCACGGCCGCCGGCUGACGGAGAAGCGGCUCGACGGUUUGAGGGGACCCCGGCUGCCUCAGGACAGAUAAUCAGUCCGGGUGAGGUAGGAUCGUCAGCUGUUUCCCUCCACCCAAAUACGGACACGAGGCACCAGCUGAACGAGGUCCCAGUAACCGCCGCUGGAUGCCAGAUGAAACUCUCAGUGCGAGACCAGAGCUACAAUCCACGGAUGGACGAUUUAUCCGCAGCUGAUAUUCCGAGGGGGACGAAGAAAAUAUCCCCAAUGUCCAAAGGCGACUUUAUUAGGGAGAGUCUUCCAAAAAGUGCCCUCCAGUCGUGCAGCACAGUUCCUCUCUGGGGAGAAACGCCACCCUUAAGCGCAGACGAGGGGUAUUAUUUCGACUUCUUAGUCUGUUCGGAUGUUCUGAACGACGAGGACGACGCGGCCUGGCGGCGGAAGUUGGACUCCAGCACUCACCUGUUAUUGUCAGCUGAGCGCGAAGACCUCGAAAUUGACAGGGUCAUAUUGACACGCCAUCUUUCGCCCGCGGGCCACCCCACGGGGUCAACCAGCGCUCCUCGCUGUCAACCCAAAGACUGGGUGGGAAGAACUCCCGCGUCAGAAGGCAGCCGUGCCCCCGCAAAUGCAGCAGAUCAAACCUGCUCGAUGAUCUCAUCCGAGUUACCCAGCGAGAUCGGGGUUGCGUCGCGGGAAGGGAUGAGGUCGCCGGCCUCAGGGGAUGGUCUUCAAGAGAUGACGGCCGGCAGAAAGGGAGUGGAAUUGAUCUCAGCCGGUCGAGCCGAUUUUGUCAGUUUGGAGGGAGGCAAAACAACUGAAGCUGGAAAGAGGCAAGUUUUGAAGGAGGAAUGUUGGCAGAAUACUUCCCUAAAGGAAGACAAUCCAGAGAACAAGAGAAGCAGGCGAAGUGAAGAGAGCCAUUCAACCGGCGAAUUGUUGGACACAGGCGAGAUGUAUAAAUCGCCGCAGAGGACGAACACUACCGAGUUGUUUGCGGUAAAUGUACUCAGCCCAUCCGCGGCAGACAGCAGACUCCCCCGUGCAAACGACUCUCCUGCCAAUAUCCCGCCGGCUUUGGUAAACCCCUUACCUGUGAUGGAAGGAGAGUCUAUCCACAGAAGAAAUGAGGAGACGAGCGCCUUGGAGAAAAGGAGCAGUUCGUCAGAGGGGAGCGAGCGGCAGAAGAAUGAAGAAGUUACACACCUGCUGUCAGCUGAGAAAAUGAAGUUCACAUUAGAUAAAAAACGGCAAAUGCAACCAUCUUCAGCAGGAAAGGAGAAUCUUAAUAAAACCAAGACUGUAAUUAAAGGAAUAUUUCAUAGGGCCGUGGAAAAAGCAGUCAUCAAGAAGGAGCAGGAGGUGGAAAAAGUGAAGGACCUUCAAAAGGAGGAACGUAAAGAACUGGACACCAUUCCAGCUCCAAAAAUGAUUCAAAAGAUCCAUGCAGAAAUGCUUCCAGAUGUUCCAGGAAAGGUUAAACUGUGGUGCCUGUUUGGUGAUAUUCACGCAGAUUCCACCAUAAUAUGGACAAAAGAUGGUGAGAUAUUAACUAAGAGCGAAAGGAGCGCAGGAGAUGAAACACCAGUCUCUUUGGCAAUAGUUCAGACUACUAAGAAAAAUCGAGGGUUGUAUCAGUGCUCCUUGAAGAAUGUGUAUGGAAGUGUGUCCUGUGAGUUUGACUUCACCACUGAAGUUUUGAAUGAGCUUCUUAGCUGUCAAGCUGUUGAAGAAAAUUUGGGCAAAUGGGAAGAUUCAAGUCUAGGAACUCCUCAGGACUCUGCAGCAGAACCACCAGAGUUUAAUCAAUUAAAAUCAUGUGAAAUCUCCAGGGGAAUACAAGGAGAGAAAAUUGAGUUACUACAGCCCAUCAUUGAAAAGGAGCUGGCAAGUGAGUGCGCCUUUCAGCCCAAGAUAUACGGCAGCAUUACCACAGAAGAAACACAUUUUGGCGAAGGGUUGCACAGAAAGGCAUUUCGGACUAAAGUCAUUUAUGGCCUUGUGCCUUUGUUUGAUCCUGGACACAGCUGUGUGUUAAAAAUUCACAACGCCAUUUCAUAUGGGAUAAAAACAAAGAAUGAGCUCUUACAACGGAACUACAUACUGGCUGUACAGGAAUGCCACGUACAGAAUGCUGCUCGGCAGUAUAGCAACAUGUUUUCCGCAGUGGGCACUUUGGUGGAAGGAUUCGGGGAAGCUCCUGAGAUCAUUCCCAUAUACCUCAUACAUCGGCCAGCAAACAACAUCCCUUAUGCCACCGUAGAAGAGGAGCUAAUCGGAGACUUUGUGAAGUAUUCAGUAAAGGAUGGCAGAGAGCUGAACGUUGGUAGGAAGGAAUCUGAAGUGGGUCAGAAAUGCUGUACAUUCCAGCACUGGGUAUAUGAAUGGACAGAAGGAAACCUCCUUGUGACAGACUUGCAAGGUGUAGGAAUGAAAUUAACUGAUGUUGGAAUAGCAACAUGUCAAAAGGGGUACAAAGGAUUUAAGGGAAACUGUUCUGUUUCCUUUAUUGACCAGUUCAAAGCUCUUCAUCAGUGUAAUAUAUACUGUAAAAUUAUGGGUCUGAAAUCUCUGAACUUGUCUCAACACAAGCCCAGGAGGAAUCCACCGAUGAAGACACCACUGAAAAAAGCAGCCCCAGGUUCAGCAAAGAAAAUGCUAGUGAGCCCAACAAACACAGUAAGGAACUUUACGUCUCAGGCGCAAAGCAUUCCUGGAGACAGAAGCAUACACAAAUACUUAUAAUACCUGGAAUCAUUCAUUUCUGCUUCCUUUUGAGCUUUGUAUCUUUUAACUAUUGUAAUAAAGUACAUAAUUUUCA